CGUACGGCGUGCCCACUGCAGUCGUGCGCGCGGGCUUCUCGUCUGCACACCACGCGAUCCGCCGCACCGGGCCCCCUCCCCCCCCCGAUCAAUUAAAUAAUAUCUUAAACAUAUUAUAUAAUAUUAACGAGUAAAUCGCACGUCGUCGGCGGAAUUCUAUCGACAGAGUUUUCGUGCUUCCCUUUUGCUCGCUCCGUAUGUGACGCGCGUCGCGUAUACCCAUACCCGAUAAUAAUAUAAUAACACGGUAUAUUAUCCUAGCGUUAUCUAUACAUAGACAUAUUUCAGUAGACGCCGCAUCCGAUCCCCGCGCAGACCGGUUGUUCAGCGUCGUGCCUGUCCAAGAAUAUCGCUUCCCUUUAAAUAUUGCAUAUUGUAGGCACCCACGGACGAAACCGCUGUCCGCAUGAUCAGUCCGUUGCACAACGUCAGCGCCGCGGCCGCCGGUGGUUACGGCCCGGCCAUGUACAGCCACGGCGGCCAACUGCAGUCGGUGUACGACGUCGUGGCCGCCGCCGCCGGUGCCCGACAACAGCUCCAGGGCGCGGCGGUGUACAACAACGCGGGCCAGCAGCCGGUGCCGUACCAUCCGGCGGAUUACGGUUCGCCGCCAUACACGCAGCCGCCUUACAAACACCCGGCUUACGCGCAGCAGCCUUACACGACGCCGCCGCCGCCUAGAUACUACGAGUCUGCGCCCAGGCCCGGCACGGCCGAACCGCCGAACCGCCAAAAACCCGCACCGCAACAGCAGCCGCCCGUCCAGUACACCAGGGUCCAGGGCGGAGUGCCCGGCGGUACGAUCAUUACCUAUAUUACGCUAUUAGAAUAAGGCACACCAAACAAAAACCGAUGGGCUUGCUGCUCAAUAACCGUAAGCCGCAGUUUCAACUGAUAUUUCAAUAGGAAACAAAUUGUUGUUCGUCUGAAAUUAAAAACACGUUCAAUAAAUAAACACUUAGGUUCUUCUUAUUAGACAUUUUCGUUUUCGUCGAUCCAAAAAGUUGGAUAGUCGAAAAUUGUCGUGGGUAAAUCCCGGCGUUACUGUAUCUGAUAGUUAUUUCGCCGAACGAUGAAAUACAAAUUAUCUCUUUUACGUCAAUCGACACAUUUUUAUAUUCCGUGGUGUACGAUGUGUGCAGAUCGUUUGAUAAAAAAAAAAAAAAACAACUUUAUAACUGAGUUGCCUCGCGUUGUUGCACCAAAAUUCAGAUUCAGACGGAUAUCUUGUUUCCCCUACAAUAACUCUGGUUGUAUAUCAUCAAAUUUGUAAGAUGUUAUUUUUAAUGUUUUUAUUGUACAUUUGAUCUGUACAGUAUCAGAGUUUGUAGACUGAAAAAAUGAUGCGCGACUAGCCACGUCUGUGCAGCCGUCUCAUUGUUUAGUUUAUACACAACACAAAUAUCGGUCAACUGCACGCCAUCGUGUGUUUGAUCAGUGGCGCAACCGGGGUGGGGGGGGGGGUUGUUUCGGUUGCCUGGACCAGUGGUUUUUAACCCUUUUCCCCUAAUUUGUUCUCUUCAUAUAAAUAAAUGAAUAAAUGACGACCAAUUUCAUAAAUCGUUUAAUAGAACUUGAAUAAUACAACGUACAGUAUACAUGGUACUGAUGGUUUUCGGCGAUCCCCUAACUAUCGCUCGCGAUCCCCAGGUUCAAAAUCACCGGUAUGGACAACCCCUUCCAUCUGUGUUUAAUAUGGUCUGUAUAGUUGCGGUAUUAUUGUUAUUAUAUGUCCGUUUAGGCGGUAUUCCAGCGACGUCGUGUGUCUUUUGUCGUGUUCCGAUUGACCGUCGUAAAUCUUCAUAACAUUCAGUAAUCUUCAAGAACAUUCAAGUUACAAAUGGUCGGUGGAUUUUUAUCAGCGUAUAGUAUAUCCGCGGACACGACACACGACGUCGCUGAAAUAUCGCCUUUUGGUAUGGUAUUGGUAUAAACUAAAACGUGGUAAGUCUGACGAUUGUUUUCGCGCGGAGAUUUUCUAAGACCAAUACCGUGUAUUUUAAAGUGAUCAACCUAACCCAGUACACUCAUUAUCUCGGGAAGUGUUAAACUUUUUCGAAGUUAGUUUUAAGAGUAGUGGAACAUCAUUAUAUGGCGGCAUAGCACGCGGCGUUUUAAUAGUGCCGCACUACUCUUUCCCAAACCAACAAAUCGACAAACUUAAAAGUGGAAUAUCUCGUCAACGAGUGGAAAUCAAAAACCGAAAUUUAUUUAAAAUAAAACUUCUUUUAUAUAUGGAAUUUUUAAUGACGUUGUCAUUUGAAAAUUAAAAGUAGAUAGUGGCUUCAACUCUAAAAAAUAACGGAAAUGUAAUAUUUUAGAGCUACUUGUUUCUUAAAUGUUCUAGAGAAAUGAAUUCCGUAAAAAAUUAAUACCUAUAGUACUUUCUGAGGUAAUGCGUGUUUUACGUUACCCUAUAUUGUGUACCUUGUAUAAUAUAAUUAAUAAUCAUGGACGAUCUCUGAACAAUUUUUACUACAGGUUUCUAAUACUGAUUUGAAAUAAACUGUGGACAGGUGUCGAUUACGAUUCUAAAAAAGAGAAUUGAUGGAAUCGAUAUCGAUUUCAUUAUCAGAGGAGUUUAUCUAAGAUUUUAGCAUAUAGGCAAUAAUUUAGUAUUUUACAAUUAUCAAUUUUCGUUGAUCAACUCUUCGAUUCUCGAUUCACUUUGAUUUGUGAUUCUUCGAAGAAACUAUCAUAUACGAUUCAACGAUUUGGCCUUGUAUACACAAAAUAAAAUAAUAUUUCCAUUUCGAUAAAUAGAUAAUCGUUCCAUAUAAAUAGUAGCUACUCGUGAAUCGCAUUUCUCUAGGAUUUUUUUAACUCCAAUUUUAUUAUUCUACAAAAUCAAAAUCAUUAUCAAGGUACCUUUACAAAACAAAUAUUUUACUGUGCAGUACUUCUUAUUGUAUUAUAAUCAAUUAAAUGAGGUAAUAUAUUAGAAGUACAGCGGUCGUCGCUUAUAGUGAUCACUAUAAGCGGCGUCUCGAAAAAUAAAUAAUUUUACAUUUAUACAUAAAUAAGUUUUAUAAGUUCUUUCAAGAAAGUUGAUGAUGUUCGACUGUUUUUUUUUUGUAUAGAUUUAUCCGGGCACCGAAAUUUCACUUUGUUAACUUAUCCACAAGUUGUGCCACUGGUUUGAAUUGCAUCAGUCGUACAAUUUGUUUGUCAGUCAUUAUCAGUCAUACACAUAUACAGUCAGUCUUGAAUGAAAAUCAAUGUAAUUGAUAGUCAAGACUGACAGUUUACGGGGGGGCUUUAGGUGGGUUACGCUUACAUUUGACUAGAUUAGGUUCGUAAAUUAUUAAUCGUCAGAUUUUUCUUUCUUUCGUGUAUUUAUUAUUAUAAUUUUCAUUUCUGAUAUGACUAUUUCUGAUCACUAUAACUGAAAAUCUGAACACAGUAAGCAACGAAAGAUGCACUGAUAACUACUGUUUGUUCCGUUCCUGGCAUUUCUGAUCACUGUAAGCGGCUAAUUCUUAUAACCAGUGAAAACUAUAAACGGUGACCACUGUAUUUGAAUUUUUACAGUAAUUUCCCUGUACGAGUAUAGGUAUAUAAGGUAGGUAGGUAGAUAUAAAAUUAUAUUAUUAUCGAGACCAAAUACAUAAUAAUAUGGUAAUGAGACUUCAUAAAUUACAACACAAAUUCAAAUAUUAGGUGCAUAUACUGCAUAAUAUUAUUAUAUAAAUGUUUAUCUGUAUUUUGUUUUUAAGAGUUUCAACUUGUUUCCAUUCUUUCGUUUUGAAUGUUUACGAGUAAUUCUUGAAAAACCGCAUUAAACCUAGGUAACAUAUACCUAGGUGUUAUAUAAAUAUAUUAUGGUGUAAUUCUGUAAAUACACGUAGGUAUAUGAACAUUAUCGAUAUAAUGGUUAUAGUACCUAGUGGCGUGUCCAGGAAUUUUCAGUGGGAGGAGAUGUAACAAAUAAAAAUCACGAAAAAAGUAAAAUCGUCUGCUCUACCCAACUCGACUAUGGGAAUUAGUAACUUAAAAGCCGGAUCCUAAAAAAAAAAUUUCUAAUCAAUACAUCAAGAUUUUGUCACGGAAAUCGGCCGAAAUUUAUAAGUUUCGGUAUUAGAUUACUCAUAUUUUGUUGUAUUUUUAAGUCAAUGGGGGGGAUAUAACCCCUAAACUCCCCCCCUAGGAACACCUCUGAUAGUACCUAGUUUUAGAUUCUGAGCGAAACGAGUGAGGAAUGUAUUGGUUUUACAAUGAUAUAUUUUUUUUCUGCGAACAACUUUUCUACCAGAAAUAUUGCUUCAGUUUUCAUGUUUAGUACCUUUACUGAAAGAAAAUUUUAAGUAGGUGGUACUUUAAGGAAGUCAUUUUUUGAUUUUCCAAGUGGUUUUCAUAACAAUUGGGAAAUACUAGGAUAAAACGUAGAGAAAACCGAACAGUUUACGAAAUGUACUAUUUUUAAUUUUGUUUUUUUGUUGUGAUUCAGUUAAAAAUAUUCUUACAGACUUGAAAUUUAGACAGAAAACUUAUAUUUACCUUUUCUAGGCGUAGUAAAAUUUUAAAAUAUAAGCUAUUUUCGAUCUAUUUAUAGAUAUUUUAAUUUCGCUAGUUUUUUAUGUAAUUUUUAUUCGGUAGGUACUGAAAUUGUUAGAGCAAACAGAAAUGCUUGAAAAUUUAACCAGAGAUUCAUUAUAACUAUGUAGUGGGGAAAAAAAAAUUGAGUGUAAUGUAAAAUAUUUGUUUACCUAUAAUAAUUUAAAUAUCAAAUUUUGACGAAAAUCGUUAAUAUUACGGCCUAUUCCGAAACAUAUAUAAGCGAACUUCGCUCAGAAUCGUUUUUCGUUAACAAUGGUUAAUCAUUGUGUACAGAUAUACAUUAAAUUUCCCUCUAUAUCUUAUCUUCUCAACUUCUCACCUACAACAGUGGCCCAUCCAUCAUGCGAAGUGUGUCGCGUCUUUUUAUAUCUGGUAUUCAAGUCGAGCUUAAAUUAAUUUUAUGGAAAUUUUACAAAUUUAUUUGUAUUUUAUAUUUAUAGAUGCCUGUGUACAAUUAUUAUAAUAGGGAUUUCCUGAUCGAUUUAUUGUCGUUCGGCUCAAACCGUCGCUGUGUACAGUUGAGCUACAACAAAAAUUGAACGGAUUUAUCAUUGUUACACGUUUUCGCCAUGUUCUUCGGCGUUUAAUGUUAUAUGCAGUUCAUAUUUUAAUAACAUAAUUUAUAUUUUAUAGUAUUACAACACAAUGAGAAUAAGUGCAAAUUUGUCCGACGGGCCAAAUUAUAUUACGUACGAUAAGCUACUGGCCUGUCCGCAUUUACCGACCCGGUUUGAAUUUAUUUUCUAAUGUUUUGAUGUACAAUUUAACUGUGUGAUUCGAUUUUAUAUUAAUAGUUUUAUCUGGUUUUACAUUCUAUUCUAUAUGAGUCAAAUUUUCUUGUUUAACUCAGAAGGUACAUACCGAUACAUUUUAUUUUAUUUGUUACCAAUCUGACUUUUUGCAUUGUAGAUAUUGGUUUUACUAUGAAGCGUGUUUUAUUUUUUUAGAUUCUGAACAAAGCGAGAAAUGUAUUGGUUAUUUUUUUUUUUCUGUUUGUUAAAAUUUCGCUCCGAACUUCAGAAACGGUAGAAUAUUUUGUCUUGUCAUUGCAACCGAACAGUAUCUUGUUUUAUUUUGACUAUUAGAAGAUUAUAUUAAAAUUUAAAAUGUUAGUGUAAUUUUGCAAAUUUUUUAAAUAUUUAAAAAUAUUUAGACGUGUUGAGACGAAAUACGAAUUAUAAUAUAUACUACAUAAAACGAAUCGCACCUAUUAUAGACAGUCAUUACUCGUUAUUGCAGUCAAUAUAUAUGCAAUUUCGCACUAUAAUUUGCGCUCGACAAUCGAUAUUUAUUAUCGACAUCGAUUUAUUGUUCGAAAUCGGUGUGAUGACUAAUUAGUACUUUCCCCUCAUUCCCAAAAUUAAAUUAUUUUGUGGCAUACCAAAAUUGUAUUAUUUUAGAAGACCAUAUUAAAUAUCUUGAAAAAUUGUUAUCUAAGUCCGGGUUUUCAAUCAUGUAGUUAUUCGUCAGAUAAACUUAUUUGGUGAAUAAUUUUAGUAUUUAGAUACGAUAGUAAGGCAAUCUUAGAUAUUUAGGUGUGAAUUUGAUAUAAGUAAAUACAUAUUAUGUGUAUGUAUUUCAAGUUUUUGUCAUUUUGAAUCAUCUUAACAUUAUGUGUAGACAGUUAAAUUAUAUUUGUUAACAGUUAAAUAUACUUUCCCCUAAUUUUCUCCAUUUGAAGAACAUUCCCGGAAAAGUGUCUAUUAUAUACGGGAAACGAUUCGAGUAUGCUUGUAUCAUAUAGAUGUUCUCGAAACGUCGUCGAAACCCAGAGAGGCGAUUCGACUAAGAAAAGAUGGACUGCCUGGAUUUGGAAGGCGAUGCGUGUGCAUCGUAUGAUACCUAAACAAUUUUAAAUGAACAUAAUAUCUGCACGAAUACCUAGGCAGGAUUUUUCAGUAACUAUUACCUUAUUUGUUGUAUUAGAUAUUGGUAGUCGUAUAUUUGACCAGACCUUUGUAAUGAGAGAAAAAUAAAUGCACGACUUAAUUAUCAGCUGAGUAUACAGAGUGAUUCACUAAGCGUUCUCGCCCCAUUUUUUUUUGGUUAAAUUUUGCAUAUGAAUGUAUGAAAUUGUAUAUGAAAUAUAUUAAAUUCAAAUUUUGAUUUUGGAAUUUUUAAGUGUAAUUAAAAUCGAUAUUUUCGAAUACUUACUUAGAUUUUUCAUAACAUUUAAGAAGUAUUUUGUGGUGAUACCAAUUUUGCUUUUUCAAAUGAGUACUUAUAUUCAAAAUCCUAUAAAUAAAUGGAGUAUUACUUGAUUUUCGUCAACCCUUUGACGAGAUAUUUCAUUUUUAAGUUUAGGUAGGGGGUGAGUAGCGGAACACUAAUAAAACGCCUCGCGCCGUGCUGCAACACAAAUAAGUAUUCGAAAAUAUCGGAACUUAAAUAUAUAAUUGGUGUUUUUUUUUUUUUCAGGUAAAACAUCGUUACACGCGGUAAUAGAUUACGACGAGGAAGACGACAUUUUAGAUUAUUACGACGAGUACGGUCAUAGUGGAGUGACGCCGAUUCAGGGUCCGAUAUAUUUAAGAAACGGUUCCGUACCAGUAGUGCCGCUGUACGGUUACCAAAAAGUGAGCAACGGGUCUUUGUUGCAGAUACCGGUAAGUCGACAAAAAAUGUCUUUAUAAUGACCCCCUCACGAAAAUAAGAUGUGUACAGGGUAUAUCAAGACUAUUUGACAUUUUUACAUUGUAGUUGCAUAUGAAAAUGUCAAAUAGUCCAGUUACACCCUAUACAUAUAUAUUUUUAAAAAACCGGCUAGAUACUUUUUAAUUGAGUUGGACCAAGCUCAACGACGAACCGUCGAGAAUAGAAACAUCGAGUGACAUAUAUCAUACAUAUUAUGUAUAACACAAUAAUGCAUAAUUACAUAUGUAGCUAGAGUGACGGGAACGCGCAUUAAAUUCAUCUGGAUACAGUGGCGUAAUAAGAGGGAUUAUACGCCACCCCCGAAAUUUGAGAUUUGUUUACCAAUUCUACGUAAUGCGCGUAUGUAUUGUUGCAUAAUUUGUAUACAAAUUUCAGUAAUUUCUUUAUGAUUUUGAAUACAUGUGUCCGUACACAUGGACUUCGAAAAUAAAUUCUUGUCACGCCAUUGUCCGAAUGUAUACAAAUUAUGUUUUGUUAGUUUAAUAUUUUUUUUUUUUUAAUGGAAAGAGAUAAUAUUUCAAUUAUAAACUUUAUAAUCAUAUUUAAUGUGGGUACAUUAGUAUGCGCAAUGACUCAUGGCACUUAUUCAUAUUUUUUAUGUCAAAUGUAUAGAAUGUCUGAAACACUGCUAUUAUAAUAGCAGGCUGUUGUGUUGUACAACACACGUUUCAAAUACGAACAAAUGAUUUUUUAAUGUUUUAUAAAUAAUUUUUAACUAUAUAACAAUAGUCUUUGUCUCCCCCCCCUCAUAAUAUAUAGGAAUAACUCGCAUUCUCGAUUUAUUUGUUGGAGAUAUCAACGAAUUUUUGAAUUGUAGGGUAUUGCAUUGUGUGCCUUUACAUUAACAAACAUAUUACGAUACGUAAUUAAAUUUGCAGGAAAAAAAAAUGUUUCAGUUCAAGAUUUAAAAAAAUAUUAAUUUGUACAAAAUUAUUGUCAUUCACGUGGGGUCUAUUUUCAGAUAUCAAUCGAAAAGUAUUUUCGAUUAAAAAUAACAAAAAUCAACCAAAAGCUGAUAAAUUUUCAAUUGGUUUCGAUCGAUUAGUACUUAUUAUUUCUAAUCGUAAACGUUUUUCAAUUGAUUUAAGAAUUGAGAGGCCUCCGUGAUACAAUAAUAGUAGUGCAGUUUAUCACUUGCACCGUGUGUAAUAGGUAAUUUUUCGAAAAAAUGAACUAUGAAAAAUUGACAAACGGCAUUUUCAUUCGUCACUCCCCUGUAAUAUUUUAUUAUCUAUACGUGUCUAUUUAUGAAAAUAAAAUCUAAACUUUUAACGCAAACCAAUGUAUACUAAAGAGUGAUCAUCAAACUGUAUUAUUGUAGGCUUAACUGCAGUAUUUCAAAUCGCAUAGAUAUUUUUAUUAUUUAUUUAUGUAUUGAAAUUUGAAUUUAUCGAAUUUUAUUCGUUACGAGAAACGUUCAAUGCCCAUAUCUUGGCGUAGGUAUGUAAUACAUUAAUAAAUAUUAGGUAGGUACUCGUAAUAAAAUACAAAUUGCUCGAAUCGUUAAAAAAUGAUUCGCGGAUGAUGAACCGACUUUUAUGUAUAUAUAUAUAUACGUGAUUGUAUAUACCGCGACUGUAAGUAGUACCAUUUUUGUGAUUGAUAUCACGUCAAUUUUGGAUUGAAAUACACUGAUUGAAUCGCUUGCUACUGCAACAUCGGUAUAUUCAACUGCAGAUGACACGAUAAUAAUAAUAAUAAAAAUAAUAAUAUUAUUAUUAUUAUUAUGUUAUAUUGUCGAAAUCAAAAUCUCAAGUUCUCCGUAGGGUAUAAGACUGUAUAUAUAUAUAUGGUAAUUAUGACCUAGUUGAACGUUAAUUGAGCUACUGGUUAAUAUUUAAUAAUAUUAUUAAGAAAAAAUAAAAUACCGAUAGUUAGGUAUCGUAAAUGCCAAUAGCCCAGAGAGUGACAGCCUAGUAUAUAAUAUGAAGUGUUCAUGACAAAAUUGCAUAAUAAAUACCUAAAGUCGCGAGGUCGUCCGCGGGUAACGUGUUUUUUUUUUCAAAUAUAUUUAUAAUAUGUUUUGGGCAGUUUUGGGAAUACGCCUUUCUUAACACAUAAUAUAUAAUAAUAAUACUCGUAGUAUUUAUGUAUUAUAAUGCGAAAUAUUACAGUGAAAGUAGUCCAGACACACGAUAUAAUAAUAAUAUAUAUUCACCGGGGAUAGAAUUCCACGUCAUUUAUCUAAUUCAAAUAUUACUGCAUUAUAGUAGGUACGUAUAGGUAGGUACCUAUUAUUAUAAUAAAAAUAAUUGUAUAUUUUAUGAUAAUUUCAAUGUAUUAUUACUCGUGUGUCACAGUCACAUAUAAUGUACAAGCUAAUCAAUUACAAAUCACUGGACAACUUCCAAAAAUUCGUAUACCUACCUACACCUGUAUUAUUAUAAGUAUUUAUACAGACUAUACAUAUUAUAUAUAUAUAUAUCUAUACAUUCAAACAUUUGCGACAAAAAACUAACGGUAAAAAAUGUAUUUCAUUUUGAACAAAUAGAAUACUAUUCUUACUACUACAGGUUGAUACUGAAAUGUAUUAUUAUGUCGUCUCGUUUUUUUUUUCUUUAUUGUGGGUACGAAAGUAUUUUUAAUCAUAUUCUUCCCUUUUUAAGUUUGAUAGUAAGUCGAUUUCACUCUAAUAUUAAAACAAACAGCCUAAAAUUUGUUCUAUUGAACAUAAACUUGGUAUGCCGUGAAUUUGUUAGAUGGAAACAUGUAUUGUUGCGUCCUCGUCUUAAUAGAUGAUUUGUAUAAAAAUAUAUUGUAAUGGAUUAAAUAGUAAAAACAAAUUGAGUAGGUUCCGAUAUACGUAAUAUUCUGAUAAUUUUAUAUACGCACACUUGCUAUAAUUGUAGGUUCCCUAGAUAGUUAUAGGUUAGGUUAGGUUACCUAAUCUACCUACCUAUGCAAUUUCCGUUUUUGAACUAAUAAAAAAUUACCGAUGUAAUAGACUAUAGAGUGAGUGUAACACUCAAACAGUAACACGAAUUAAUAUUUUACGUUUGGUUAGGUUAAGUCCAUCAAACUGAAAUUGGACUUGCUACCGCGAUUCGCGUGACACUGUGUAAGUGACGAAAAAUCUUUGCUGCCAUUGAUAAUCUAAAAUUAUUUUACUAGGAUGUAGAAUUUUAUAAUUUAAAUUUACCCAUAACUGAUUUAUAUUAUUUUUCAUUAUAUUUUAAACUAUUUAUUCCUAUAAAAAAUAGUAAGUUUCAUGGAAUUACCUGUAAAAACAUUAUUCAUUUUAAAUAGAUAUAGGUAAAAGUAAUUUAUUUAAACAAUAAUUAUUUAUUAUGAAUAAAUAAUAAAUAUUUUGUGUUUUCAUUUAUUUCGUGUAUUUUAAUGUUGAUAUUAUAUUAGUAUUUAUAAAUAAUAGUGACGACGUGCACCGAUAUUAAACUGAAUGCCUCUUACAAUAGUAAUAAAACCUCAGUAAAAAUUUCGUACUGACAAUUUAAAUUAAUAUUUUAUUUAUUCUAUUUCACGUUCAAAUUUAAAAUGUAAUAAAACUUUACGCAAAAAUUUAAAUGAAAAAAAAAAAAAAUUGAAUUAUUAACAUGGUUUCCUAUAUAGGUUUAGUCGUUGUUUAAAUUAAAUAAUGGUACAUAUAAUAUCCUAAUGUAAGUAUAAUACCUAACCGUCGAGUGAGUUUUUAAACAGUUAUAAUGGUAUCUAUGUAUUUUUUCGGUCAUAAAAUAUGUGUUUUGAAAACAAUUUUAAUGUCCCCAACGCACAAAGUAUAGCUAGAGAAGUGGUAUACGUGACAAGAAACCGAAUAGAUAACACGACUUGAAGCCAUCUUAAAAUACGGGUUCCAUUAAAAUCUAUACCUACCUCGUGGAAUGUCAAUAACAUGAAAUGUAUAAUGGCUCAAUGCCCGUUUUGUUUUAUUUCAUUUACAAUUUAACUGUUAAUGAGUAGGUGCCUUAUUAUGCACAGUAUAAUAUUGUAAGAUGUAUUAGUACAAGGCUGAGCAUUAAUGAGUUAAUUUUAACUUUGAACUAUUAGACUUUUUACCUUUGAGUUUUUAUAAACUUGAAUUAUUUUUAGUUUUAUUAAAUUUUGAACUAUAAUACCACGUUAAGUUACUACCAAUUUCUUAUAAUUUUAAGAAAAUAUUAUACAAUUUAUUUUAAUUAUUUUAUACCAUCGUAUAAAUGAUAAUAAAAUAAAGGUAUAAGUAAUAAUAAGUAAGGUAAUAAGAUAAGAUAAAUUUAAAAAUGUCAUCAAAAUUUAAUAUUAAAAUUCUUACAUAAAAAAAAUACUACAUCAAACUCAUUUUUUUUAUUUUUGAUCACAAAGUAUAACUUAUAAUGAACCUCCUGUUCAAUUUUACCUACCGAACAAAAAUUUCGUAAAAAAACCUCGUAAAAUUAAAAUGUCUAUAAAUAGCUUAAAAAUGGCUACAAUGUCUUGAAAAUCGUACCACGUCUAGAAAAGACAGAUAAAGGUUUUAUGUCUAAAUUUCAAGCCUCCACAAAUAUUUUUAACUGAAACAAAACAAAAUAUUGAAAACAUAAUAUAUUUCGUAAAUUUUCCCGUGUUUCCAACGUUUUGCUUAUGUUUUUUCCCGGUUUUCCCAUUUAAUAUGUAAACAGUUGGAAUAAUCAAAAAUGACCUGAAAAAAGAUUUCCUUUCAGAAAAUGUGCUACACUUAAAAAUCUGAGCAAAAUUUUUAGUAGAAAAGUUGUUCACAUAAAAAAAAUAAUUGGUAAACAUCAUUGUAAAACCAAUACAUUCCUUGCUCCACUUAGAAUCUAAAAUUAAAUAAUAAAUAAAUAUUAAGCGAGUAUUGAAAAAAAAAUAUUUUGUAUUUUAAUUAACAUCUAACAAUUAAUAAAUGGUAUUAAUUAUUACCUAUGGUAUCACACCGAAAUAAUCAACGAGCUGUAAUGUAGGUAAUAUUUUCAUUGUUUCACAGUUUGAUUCUUGUGCAUUCUUGUGCCGUUCAGUAUCGGGAACACCAAAUAUUUACUAUUUAUCGUGCGGAUUAUGUUUGACACUGUGUUCACAAACUUACUGUGAACUAACCGACAAUUUUCACUGAACAGCUUUGUUUCAAUUAGUGCGUUUGCGCAUUUUUAGCACCGUUCAAUGUCAGAAACACCGACCAUAAAUCAUAGUUAAAUUUUCGGUUUAAAAACUACACUGAAACAUUUUGACAGAACGCUAUUGGUUCAACGGUAUAGAUUACAUACCGUGUAUGAACCGUUGAAAAUGUUACUCGGGCAAUGUGUGAUUUUAGGACGAAAAUGAGAUAGAAUAGAGGCAUUUCCCCACUGACGGUACCCUUACAAUUAUCAGACCUUGGAACAUUAAUUUAAAAUAAAAACUCAUUUAUAAGCAUAUAACUGAAUUAUGUUUAUGAAAUUAUAAAAUGGUGUUUUUUAUUUUAAUUUUUUCUAGUUUAUUUGUAAAUAAACACUUAUACAUUUAUUUCAAACAUUUUCAAUUAUAACAUUUUUAAACUUUGUACCUCUCUCGUCUCUGCUUUCUCCCCCGCCCCCUCUCCGUGAUUAUAGCGCCCGAUGAGUACGCAUCCCUCGCAUAACCUUAGGCACGGCUCUGGGUAGGUAUAUAUAUACUAUUUAAGAGGAAAAUCUUAAGAGGUCAUCAUAGUUUAAUUUUCCAUCUUUAUGUAGGUUAGGUUGGAAUUAUAUUACCUUCUUAGAAUUAUAAUUUAUCGUGAUUUGAUUGAUAGCAAAAUUGUUUAAAUUAUUUUCUUAACUUCUCAAUAUUCAUUUGUAAUCUGAAUUAAAAUAAACGACGAAACAUAAAUUCAAGUUCAUUAAAAAUACGAACUUAAUUCAAAAAUAGUUUAUUCAAAUAAGGAAUGAACUUAUUUAUUUUUCGUUUAUACAUUUUGAACUUUGUACGGAUGAACAAAUUUCUUUAAACUCAUUCAUUCCGAGAUCUAAGAAUUAUGAAAUAUGCUUCGUUUUUUUCAAUUGUAAGUUUUCGACCUAAUUCCUGUAGUAACCUGUAUUAAUAAAAAUUAAUCUUUAUAAGUUUCAUAAAAACAACUUAAAAUUGAUAUUGAUAUAAGUACUAAAUAAUUGUUUGAUAAUACGCAUAAACAAAAAUUGUGUUGAAAUUGAUCUCGUAGGUACCUAUUUAUUUAAAAUUCAAGAUACCUUGUAAUAAAUUACUUAUUUGGUAAAUGCUAUUACUUAUAAUUUCUGUGUUUAUAAUAAGUAAUUAUUUAUGAUUCUUUGAUAUCAAAAACCUUUCUAAAAACAAAAUUACCUAUCUAAAUAGAAAGGGAGUAAAAAAAAAAUUUAAUUAUGUAAUUAUUGAUUUGUACAUGUGCGCAAAUGUUUAUAAUUUAUAUUUACAUAUAGGUGGAUUAGUAAUGAGCAAAUCAAUUAGCUUACAUAUCUACAUUACAUAUAGCUGAAAAUUACAUAAUAAUUAUUUUACAAUAUUUAUUCUAUAAAAAAUAAACUAGAACUAAAAUUGUCAUUACUUAAUAACCAUUUUAUAAUAAUUAGCUAUUUUUUGUUUAAAUUAUUAAAAUGUAUGUUACAUUUUAAUUAUGUUAAUAUAAGUUUAGGCGGUCAUAAUAUAGGUACAUACGUGCAGGUUGUUAGGAGGUUAUGAGGGCAUUUAGAGUAAAUGAAGUAAAGCCGUAAUAAUAAUUGAUAAAGCUGAUAUGUGGAGGACGACGAAAAGAGCUGACCGCAUAGAGAAGAAUAAUACUUACUAUGGUUACGCUUUAGAUCAGUUCUUCUUGACCUUUUUCGGUUCAGCUCCAUUUAUUGAGAUAGCUAAAUGCUAACUGUCCCCUUUCUAUCAAUUAACAAUUUUCGUUAGUGUAUUCUAAAUGAUAAUAAAAACUAGUACAUGUUAUUUUACUUGACUUUACAAAAAUAUUUUACAUUGCUAUAUAAAAAAUAAUGUUUCAUUAUACUUCUCUAGUGACUAUCCAAAGGCGCCUGAUAAGCAAGCCUGUAUACAGGGGGGAGGGGUUUAGGGGUUAAAACCUUCACGAAAUUUUUAAAGUAGGUAAUAAUAGCUGGUAAAAAUGAGGAUCGGUGUUCUAGAUCAACAAAUUUUGAAACAGAAUAAUACGACUGGUUUAUGUUUCAAUUACGAGAGAAUUUUAUUAAAUUUACCGAAGAGGUUAAAAUUUUAAUACCUCCUAGCUAUUUUUUAUAAUGUAGUCCCUGACUUCAUUUUUUAAUAGAGCAGAUACAGGGACUCUUUUUAUUGACUUUAAUUUUGACACAGUUAUAGUAAUUUAGAAAAGGAAUUUCUUACAAAUCUUAAAUGACAAAAAUUAGUUACUUGCCGAAGAUAAAAAAAAAUAUAUGAAUACUUAUUUCAAAUAUUUCAAAAACAUAUGGUCGAUUUUUUUUUGAUUCGGAAGAUCAUAAUAUUUUGGAUAUUAUGUAUAGGUACUUAAUUAUUACAAGGAAUGGACGAUUCGAUAUCUUUAUACUUUUUAUAGGUACUUCGGACAGUAUCGAAUUUGAAAUAAAAGUAAUUUUUGGUAUCGUUUUUAAUAUUCAUUAUUAUUUGUUUAACAUCUAAAUUCUAAAAUGUUCGAUCUUAUAAUAUUAAAAGAGAAGGAAAAAUACAUUGAACGUCAGUUUUUUAAGAUCGGGACGAUUUGGGAUACAGUGGAACACAGUUGGCGGGUGUACAGUAUGACAGGUAAGAUACUGAGGAAAUAAGAAUACGGGAGAAGUUAGUAGAGAUACGGGAACAGAUAAAAACGUCUAGACAUCAGUUUUUAUAGGGCUCCACUCCCAGGCCCAGGGUACGCUUGUAGGAGCGGAUACUAUUUUUAAUUUUUGUCUUUUAACUAGGUUCUCUAAGAAUUUAAUAUUUUUCACAAUUGAACAUUAAAAAUUCUAUAUUUUAUUAUACUAUUUAAAGAUUUUAAAUCACCCCAUUAGCAAUGUUAAAUAAAUUAUAAAACAAAACGAUAAUAUUACAAUAGUUAAGAAAUUAAAAAUGUAAUAAUUACAUUUUAUAAAAUUAGCCUGGUAGAUACAACCACAUAUAACUCCAUACCAUAUUGCAUGUCAGAUAUAAAAAUGUAAAUAUACUUUUUACAAUUUUUCAUUUGCUAACCAUUAAAUUCUACACUACGUAUUUUUUUUUUAUUUUGAAUUCUUUAUAUGGCAUUGUAAAACUACAUUUAAAAAUAUAUUUAACCUUUAACCACUAAUAGAUUUCAAUAAAUAUAAUACAUAUACUGGACAUAGAAAGGUGUUUUCUAUUGUUUUCUGGAGUACUAAGUGUAGGUACCUAUUAUUGAUUUUUAAUAGUACUUAAAUGAGAGAUACCUAUUUAUUUAACCUUGACUAAGACAUCUUGCCUUAAUGUUUUAUUUAGACAUUCCAAUAUUUUCAAUUUGAAUUAUUAUUUACAUUUUUGUCCAAUGUGUAAUGUGCCAGCAGAGGUACGAUAUACCUACAGCGACCUUGUUUAAUAUUAGAUAUUUCUGUAGAUAUGAAUAAUAGGUACCAAUAAAAACUUGUGAAAAAUAAAAAGUUCUUAUAAAUAGUUAAUUUGUUUUUAUUUGCAAAGUAAAAUAAACACAAUUUAAGUUUUAUAAAUAGUGGGAGGUUGAAAAAUAAAUUCACUUUGCUGUUAUAUUUAUUAUUCUUAUAAAUAUAUUCUGAUUCUAAAAUAUUUUAAUCUAAAUUUGACAUUGUUUUUUUGUUAGUUUUAAGAAGUACCUAUAUAUAUUUUCCUGAGCAUUUUAUUCAAAAUUACUGAAAACACCAAAACUAAUUACCUACUUAUAGGGUAGGUUAGGUUAGGUUUAGUUCAAAUGCAGUAUUUCACCAAUAAUGUAAUUUCUAUAAAUGUGUUCAGUAAAAAUAUCCAGUUAUAAUUUAAUAACACUUAUCAUUUAAGAGGGGCGGCUUAUGUAGACCGUAAAAACAGUCUUUACAAGAAUUAGAACCAUUCGCUUUACAUUAAUAACUAAUAAUUAUAGAAAAUAUUAUUUUAUUCGCAUUGCCUAUACAUAAUUCCUUAAAUCUGGGUGUACGACCAGAUCUUGGUUCUUAUUGAGGAUUUCUUGGGGAUCAAUAUCGUUCAAGACUCAGAACUCAAGCCAAGUUUAUUUUAGUCGAAUUGCAGUUCAAACUAAAAAUUUUUUUGGAUACUUCAAAAAUGAUAUAAUAAAAUGUUUUUACCCAUAGGUUUUUUGGACUGCUCUUUCGUUUGCAUUAGGAUAUGAAAUUGGCGGUGAUGUGAUUCGUGGAACUCCGUGUAUUAAAAGAAAUCAUCAACUGUUCUGUCCAACAGCAGGAAAAAGUUAUCCAGUGUAAGUAAGUAGUAGCUACAAACUACCUCUCAUGGUUUAUAUUCUUUUUGUAGACAAAACAAAAAUAUUUUUAAGGAGACUAUAAAAAUUAUUAUUUCGAAAUAGGUAGUAUGAUUUUUUAGGUUUGAAAAUUAUAGAAUAUAAAUUAUUUUUAUUUCAUAAGUACCUAUACAUUUUAUUUACAUUUAUAAAUCAUUAUAUUUAUAUUUUACUUAAUUUAUUUCAAAUAAGUUAAUAACUGAGAAAUAAUAGGCAUAGGUACUUUACAUACAAUUAUUAUUCACGGAGCGGGAGCAUAAUAGAUAAUAAUUGACAUCAGAGUCCGUGAUUUAAGUCCGAUAACUAUGCAAAGUACAAAUAUUAUAAUUAGGAUUAAAUAAAAUUUGGUUUUCGCGAUUGUAACAAAAUAAUAAAUAAAUAAAUACAUUUAACUUGUGUAUUAAAGUAGAUAUACCUACUUAUUUACAUAUUUCUAAAAUUAUAAUAAAUGAAUAAAAAAAUUAUACAUUUUUUGUGUAUAGAGAUCGAAUUGAUAGAUUUAUUGAUGAAAACAAAGCGCUAAUGAAACGGAUGUACGGUGAAUUCGAAAUGAUGGAAAACGGACCGUUUCCAAAAGCCAAAAGAUCAACGGCCCGAAAAAGAAGACAAGAUACUAAUUUUUCGGAUAAUAACCAAUCAAAAUCAAAUAAGCUGCCAACUAGGGGACAGCCUGCAGAUUCUGGAAGGUUAAUAUGAAUUUUUAUUUCUAUAACUAUUUACGUUGAUUUAUACAAUAUAAAACAAAACUCGUUUUGUGAUGUUAUUCAGUUUUCGUCAAGUAUUUGUUGACUUAAUUUUAUAUUUAUCUAUAUCUAGCACCUAGGUAAGUCCUACUUUUUUUUAUUUUGUUAUAUGACUACAUUAUAUGCAAGUUCAAGUUAUAUUUAUAAUAUUUUAGAAUCCAAGUACAGAAGAAACUAUAAGUUUUACAAAGAAGUUUUAUUUUUUUUAUUUUAACACUUUGAUUAGUAAAUAUCAUUGACACAUUACAAUAUGUGGACUUUUCAUCUGAUGGUACUUUAUUAUAAAAAAAAAUUUUGAAUUUCUGAAUAAAAAUAUUCCUUUUGGUUUUAAUAAUCCGACUUUAUCACACAGGCCCUUAAAAUAAUUGAAAUUUCCGAACUCUGGUAUUUUAUUUGAAACAUUUAAUCGAUAUUUAAACAGUUUACCUCCUUGGGCGUUUUUGUUUUAUUUUAUUUUUGUUAAUUUCUGGUUUACCAAUCCAGUUUUUUUUCAAGAUAAUCGAAAAACAAGGUUUUUCUUUUUGGUUAUUUCUUCACUUAGAAUCGUUUUUUGUAUGCAAUAAUUUAUCGUUGUAUACAAUAUAACAAAUAUUAAAUGAACCAGUAUAUCCUAACCUUCCCAACUACAAUAAUGACCUACCCGUGAGAAGUAUACACCUUUUAAAGGUUUUUAAACAAUAAUACAUUUAUUAGAACACCUUAUAAAGUUGUACGGUUGUAUCAAUCCGUAUAAUUACGGUAGUUAUUGAUUUAGUUGACAGUUAUUAUUAUUAUUUAUCAUAAUAUUAAUUUAAAUUUAAAUUUCUAAGAAUUUUUGUUAGGUCAAACAAUUUAACCAUAUAAACAAUAUAAUACCUAUUAAAUAAAAACUAAUAAAAUAUCAAAUGUUUACAAAAUGUUCAAAAAUCACCAUUGUUUUAAAAAUUGUAUAUGUAUAUAAAUAUCCAAUAUAAGACUUAUAUUGAAAUAGAAUACUUGGUACUCUCUGGAAUUAUAGUUUAUUAGUUAAAAUACGUUUAAAAAACGUGAACUUCACACGCACGUUUUCUUAAUUUGUUUAUUUUUAUGGAUUACGGUCAGAUGAAACAUACUAUCUAUACUUUCCCACUAACCUAAGCAUAUUUUUUUACGCAUCACGUCACUUCUGACAAUGUUUUUAAUGUAAACCUAUUUUUACUCAUUGGAAAUUUGAAACUGAAAGAUACUAGUAAAUACUGACAGUAUAAUAUAUAAAUAAUUAUGGUAUAAAAAACAUAAGGUAAAACACGUACCAAUAUCUCAUAUUUUAUUUCUAUAGUUUAUUACCUAAACGUAACGAACUGUAAUUAGUAAAAACACAACUAGGCAUACCUCCAAGAUCUUUUUCGGAAAAGAAAUUUCCGAUUUGUGAAAAUUUGUUUCUAAAGUUAGGUUUUUAAGGGGAAAAUUGAGACUCCACAUAUUUGAAGUUAAAAUUUAUCCACUGAGGCUAAAUAACACACAGUGAGUCGCAUAGGUACACAUUAUUACAAUUUAAAAAUAAUAUUAAAUAAUGUUACAGGAUUGAUUCUUGCGAGUCUAAAGUGGAAGUAGUCACUCCUUAUUGGGCUGCGAACAGCGUGGGUAAAACUAGGGCAAUUGUUAACACUGAACACUUUGAACAAGCCAUUCAUCAAGAAGUUUGCACGUGAGUCAAUUAAACAUUAUAUUCCUACCUAAUAUGAUAAUUUACGAAUAGGUAUAAUGAAAAUAUUAUUUUUUGAACACCUUUUUAGAGGGGAUUAGCAGACAAUAAUAAAAUAAAACUUAAUGGUGUUUUACCAUUUUUAUUUUUCAGCAAGACUUUGACUUCACGCUGUUCGGGAGAUUGCGGAUGCGAGCAAAAAUACAAAUGGCACAGGCUAUUGGCUUAUGAUCCCGAUAACGAUUGCAAAGGAAUAUUUAUGGAUUGGUUUUUAUUCCCUUCUUGCUGCGUAUGUCGAUGCGAUUCUACAAUCCCAAAUAAUGUUUAAAAAAUAAAAUAAUUAUUAUAAGCAUGUAAUAUAAUAUUCAUGUUCAUGCACAUGUCAUGUUAAUUUGUAUAGUUAUUCUAUGUUAUUAUAUUUAUUAUAUUAUUUAGUAGGUACCUACACCUAACUUGUAAAACAAAUAUUAUGUAUCAUAUACCUAAUUAUAUAAUAUUUUGUAUGUUUAGCCGUGUAUACAUUUUACAUUACACCUAUUAUGCAUAUUUGUAUUUGAAGUAAUUAUACUGUUCAGG